AUGUCCAUCGCGCACACCGCGGGCGAGUACAUGCUCUCGGAUGCUCUGCUGCCGGAUCCGAACCGCUCCAGGGCGAAAGGGCUCCGCUUGGAACUGUCGUGCGACCGCAUUGUGAAGUUUGUCACCGUGGGGCUGCCCCUCUUCUUGGUGUCCCUGGCGUUUGCCCGGGAAUUUUCCACUGGCUCCCAGAUCAGCUGCUUCUCUCCGGACAACUUCACAGCAAAGCAAGCUGCCUACGUUGACGCCGUGUGUUGGGAUUCCUUGCUUCACUACGAAGCCGGCACUGAUGGCGACGUGAGAGCCAAACCCCUUUGGGUGCUUAAGGUUUUUCCAUAUUCCUUGUUGGUGAUUGCUGUUGCCAUGUACCUGCCCUAUCUGCUCUGGAGAUAUGCCGCUGCCCCGUCGCUGAACUGUGACCUGUUCUUCAUCAUUGAUGAGCUGGACAAAUCCUACAACCGUUCCAUCCGCCUGGUGCAGCACAUGGUGAAACUUCAGCAAAGCGGGACUGACCCUGAGGAAUUGUGGGAGGAGUAUGACGAGGCUCGCCGGGAGCGCUAUUUUGAGUUUCCUCUCCUGGAGAGGUACCUCUCCUGCAAACAACGCUCCUGUUACCUCGUCGGCAUCUACCUGCUGAGGAACCUCCUCCUCCUCUUCCUCCUCGCCACCACUUGUCUCUACUUGGUCUACUACCAUGGGAGUGUCUUCUUCCAAGACGAGUUCAGCUGUUCCAUCAAGGCGGGGCUCCUCCAGGGUGAGCCUCACAUCCCCGGUUCCAUCUCAUGCAAGCUGGUGUCCUCCUCCAUCUUCCAGCUGGCCAGCAUCUGCCUUGGUGGGGUCUAUGUUCUCCUGGGGCCGGUCACUGUCUACCACAUGCUCAAGCUCUGCCUGUGGGACACGCGGCUCCUGUCCAUCUACGAAAUGCUGCCCGCUUUCGACCUCCUGAGCAGAAAGAUGCUGAUCUGCCCUCUGAACGACCUCAACAUCAUCCUGCUCUUCCUGUGGGCCAACAUCUCCGAAGUCAAGUCCUUCAGCAGGCUGAGCGUCCUGUGCACGCUGAGGGAUGUGACCGCCGACAAGGAGAACAUUGACACGGUGGUGGAUUUCAUGACUCUCCUUGCCGGCCUGGAGAUGGCCAAGCCGAAAUCCCACCCCUGCACUGACAGAAACCCCCCUCAUGCCAACAGUGAGUGCAUCGAAAUGAAACCUGCCUUGGAAGUGAAGGACCAUUCCAAUGGUGUAUCCUCUUCGACCCAUGAUUGACUUGAUGGACCAGCAAAGGAAAUGGAAUAGGGGAAUCAUCUUGGAGUGCAGAAGAGGACAGCCAACAUCCCCAUCCUAAGCCAUGCAGUGACAGCAAAUGCCUCUGUGUACUUCUCGUGAUUCCAGGCCUUAUCACAUUCGCAGUGGUACGACUGCACCAUCCUAAGUGCUUGUCCUCUGGGUCCCAAGUCUGUAGAAUUUAAUAGGGCUGUUCUCAAUACCCUAAACAGGGUCGCAGGAGUGCCCAGCCAGAGUCAGAGGGUCUUGUGUACUCCUGAUUGGUGAUUGUGUAUUUGCAAAAAUCAAGGGAGGAAGAGGGAAGUGGGAGCUGGAUAGGAUAGGAUCGGCCAACCCACAUUCUGCUCCCACACAAUCACUCUCCUCUCCUGAUCUUUGCAAACACACGUCCACCAAUCAGGAGCACAGACGGCUCUCCUAGCCAGGGUGGGUGCUUCUCUAACCUUGUUUACGAUCAUGAGGACAGCCCCAGUGUGUUACAAACAUUCUUAUCUGCUGGCUACUCGUUGCAAGCAAAUGCCUUCUCCGUGCGUGUGUUUUGGGCUUAAUGAUCUUGCAAGCUGAAAGCUGCCAGUUCAGGUUUCCUCCUGUGCCUCUAACAGCUGUCUGACCAGAAGAAAUCCAACAGGUGCAGCUUUCCUGGCAUGGCCAGCCUGACCCACCUGUUUAAUCUCUGCCACAAGAUGGUUAAGUAUAGGACUAUUUCCAGGAAAGAAGAGCAACCCUCAGCUGUGUUAAAAAUUUAACUUAUAAACUACCCAUUUAUGCUUCUUCCUGUAUUAGUUCUGCUGAUCGGUCGAUCGCCAUUAAAUUUAAUUUCACACUGA